CUCUAGCCAGUUGGUACAGGAAGUGGACGAACCUUCCUGACUUUCCCAGCUUGAAACCAUUUGGGACAUUGUUUUUUGGACCAUUCUUCCACACAUUCACAAGGCCUUGAGAAGAGAAACGCAGGCAACUAGCAGUUGACAGUAAUCAUGAAGUGGGGCUGGGUGUUUUUGUGGGUCUUCCUCUCCAUGGCUCAUCUGUCUUGGGGAGAGAAAGGCUUGGAAAUCCCUGAGUAUGAUGGCAAAGACCGAGUUCAGGCUCUCACAGCCAAGAACUAUAAAUCCAUCAUGAAGAAGUACGAUGUGAUGGUGAUCUACUACCACAAAAAUGUGGAUAGGAAUCGAAGUGCCAUGAAGCAGUUUCAAAUAGAGGAAAUGGCUUUGGAGCUUGCAGCCCAAGUUUUGGACGAACUUGACGAUGAGGACAUCGGAUUCGGACUGGUGGAUGAGAAGAAGGCCUCCGCUGUUGCCAAGAAACUAGGUCUGGAUGAAGUGGAGAGUAUCUACAUAUUUGCAGACAAUGAGAUUAUAGAAUAUGACGGAGAGCUGGCUGCAGACACCAUUGUUGAGUUCCUCUACGACGUGAUAGAAGACCCCGUGGAGAUUAUCGACAACGAACGCGAGCUGAAGGGGUUUUAUAACUUGGAUGAUGUCAUCAGACUAGUCGGCUACUUCAAGAGCGAGAAUUCUCCUCAUUUUAUAGAGUAUGAUGAUGCAGCUGAAGAGUUCCACCCUUUUGUCAAAUUCUACGCCACAUUUGAUCCAAAGAUUGCCAAGAAGCUAAAACUGAAGAUAAAUGAAGUUGAUUUCUAUGAACCUUUCAUGAACGAACCAGUCACCAUUCCAGGAAAACCUUACAUCGAGUCUGAGAUUGUUGAAUACAUCGAACAGCAUGACAGACCAACUUUGAGAAAACUUGAGCCUCACAGCAUGUAUGAAAUCUGGGAAGAUGACAUUGAUGGAGAGCACAUUGUUGCCUUUGCUGAGGAGGAUGACCCAGAUGGUUUUGAAUUCUUGGAAAUCCUGAAGGAAGUAGCACAAGACAACACUGAUAACCCUAACCUUAGCAUUAUCUGGAUCGACCCAGAUAACUUCCCCCUGUUGGUUCCAUACUGGGAGAAAACAUUUGGUAUUGGCCUCUCGUCUCCUCAGAUUGGUGUAGUUGAUGUCCACGAUGCUGACAGCGUAUGGAUGGAAAUGGAUGACCAGGAUGACAUGCCUUCAUCUGACGAGCUCGAACAGUGGAUCGAAGAUGUGCUGUCUGGGAAAAUUGACCCAGACGAUGAUGAUGAGGAAGAAGAUGAUGAUGAAUAUGAUGAUGAUGAUGAUGACGACGAUGAUGACUAUGAUGACGACGAUGAUGAAGAUGAUGAAUAAUAGUUACUCUCUACGUUACUCUCUAUGUUACUCUGCUCCUAAUGUACAAAUUCCAUAGUUCUGUUAUUUUCUCGCCAUCUUGCUCUGAAAAGACGUGCAUUCUUGUUUUCUGUUUUUUUCAGACUGGUUAAAGACCUGACGUGAAACACUAUGAGUAAAGACAGAGGUUUCAUGUGAAGCCAAGAAAUUUCCAUCCUGAUGAUGAUGAUGGUGAUCGGGGUUGAAGUUUAAAAUGAGAUAAUGUCCUUUGUGACUCUCAUCUUUGACAUUAACAAUGAAUGUGAAUCAAAGUAGCUAAGCUUCAAACUAAAGUCACUGAACUCCAUUUUGCCCCAUCUCACUUUCUUCAGUUUCCUGUUAUCAUGUUUCUGUUACUCGUUUUCUACUUGACUUUGAGAAGAAACACUUUUCCUGUACAGUUUUUAACGAAAAUAAACCUAAACUCACUGGAAA